AACAUUUCCUGCACCAAUCACAAUUCACCCCCUUUGACCUCUCUCUUUCUCACUCCUCAAUUCCCUGUUUCAUAGAUCGUUGUCUUUCAAACAAUACACAUUUCUGUUCACUAAUCCCACUUCCUGCUUCUUUCACAACCACAAAUGCUUAUUUUCAUCUCAAAGUUCACAACUUUUUCUCUUUCUCAAUUACCCUCUUCAUUAUUUUUCCUCUUUUAAGAUUCUUACACCUUUUAUGCAUUUUGGAACUGACCCAGUUACUAAGUUUAGCUUCAAAAGCAUUUUAGGUUCAGGAAUUAGGGUCUUUGUUCAUAAUUUUGAUCUGGGUUUUGAAAAAAUUACUUUUUUUUUUCUUUUAGAUCUGAUUAGUUUUAUAAAAGUUCCUAUUCUGUAUAGCAUCUGUUAAAAAAAUUAUGGAAUUUUUCCUUGGAUUUUGGAAACUAGUCCUUUUCUAGAUUCCUCAGUUUUUUGGGUAGCUGAAAUAAGCAGCAGAUUCCACCACCCAAAUGCUGUUUGAUAAUAUGCUUCUUUGGCCAUAAGAACUUCCACUUUCUGUGGCUUGUCUUAUCUCCACCUUUUUCUCUCUUUGAACUUCUCUAUUAGAGUUAGAUUUUAUGAUGUUAUCUAGAACAAUGAAUAGAGAAAUUGAAGUCCUGUCUCCAGCUUCCUAUAUAGAAAAUUCCAAUUGGUUGUUUCAAGAAAACAAGGGUUCUAAAUGGACUCAAGAAGAGAACAAGCUGUUUGAGAACGCUUUGGCUUACUAUGAUAAGGAUACUCCUGAUAGAUGGAUAAGGGUUGCAGAGAUGAUUCCUGGAAAAACUGUAGGUGAUGUGAUUAAACAGUAUAGGGAGCUUGAAGAAGAUGUUUGUGUUAUUGAAGCAGGUUUGAUACCGGUUCCUGGUUAUACAACUGGUUCUUUCACAUUGGAUUGGGCUAAUGAUGAAGGCUAUGAUGAGUUCAAGCAGUUUUGCAGUGUUGGUGGGAAGAGGAGUGGUUCAACUCGACCGUCAGAGCAGGAAAGGAAGAAAGGUGUGCCGUGGACUGAAGAGGAGCAUAGGCAAUUUCUGCUGGGUCUGAAGAAGUAUGGUAAGGGGGACUGGAGAAACAUCUCUAGGAAUUUUGUGACGACAAGGACGCCAACUCAAGUUGCAAGCCAUGCUCAGAAGUAUUUCAUACGGCAAGUUUCAGGAGGGAAGGAUAAAAGGAGAUCCAGUAUCCAUGACAUCACAGUGGUCAAUCUCCAAGAAACAAAAUCUCCUUCAUCCGAACCUUCUCUGGACCAUUCAAUUAAGGUUGCGAAUCAACAGCAGAAUCAUAAAUCGUUUGGCAUGGUUAAGCAGGAAUAUGACUGGAAAUCGCAAGACGAGGGUGUUCCAUUUGUUUUCAAUUCAACUAAAGGAAAUGUGUUUGUGGCACCGUUGUGUGGGAUUUCUUCCCACGAAUCAAAAUCACCAAGGCGUAAUGUACUUCGAGGCACACACCACGGUUACCAGUUUUCCCCUUUCGAAACUAUGUUGCAAAUGCAAUCUAUGCAGCAUCAAUGAACUGGCGUAUGGAAAGUUAUUCCUUAGGAAUUAGAAUCUUUGAAGAGAUUAGUUCAUGUUGUCUCUGAUAUUAAAACUCUGGCACUAUAGUAAAAACAGAAGUGAAGUUUGGACAUGUGUGAUAUGAUUUUCUGAUUACUUGUUUGGAAAUUUGAUUGUACUUAGUAUAGAUUUGAGUGAGCAUCUUCCUAUAUAGACUGUAGUUAUAUGAAGAGUGCUCUGUGCUGUGCAUGAAGAGUAUUAUCUCUCAACUUUUUAUGAGAUGGUUCAAAUAAAUAUGUAGUUCCAAGUUUACUCAAGGAAUUGUGUAAAUGCAUCAAUCAUGUUGAUGUACUAGAACAAGUGGUGUAAUUUGUAGCAAAAAUUUAUAUUUGGUGUGCUUAUUUUUA